GGCAAUCGCGCGUUGCUUAUCGCUGUGGCUGCGGAGGGAGAAGCCGACUGAUGCCAACACUCCUCCCCUUCCGCGGAGUUCCUUGAGUUCUGGGUCCGUUCCAUCUUGCCCCAAGGUUCGCUCCAUCCUCGGUCCUCUAACCACUUGCCCAAUUCCCCAAACUCCCGACCUCAACGUCUGCAGAAAGAAAUGGUCACAGCCAUGAACGUCUCAGACGAAGCAGACCGGCUGUUUCAGCCCUACAACUUCGAGCGGUUCCAGGACUUGAAGCCCUAUUUGGAGGAAUACUGGGCAACCUCAUUUCCCAUAGCUCUGAUCUACCUGCUGUUCGUCUUUGUGGGGCAGAACUACAUGAAGGCGCGGAAGGGCUUCAGCCUGCAGGGGCCUCUCAUCCUGUGGUCCUUCUGCCUCACGGUCUUCAGUAUCCUGGGGGCUGUGAGGACUUGGGGCCAUUUUGGGACCAUGCUACUUAGGGCGAGCCUAAAGCAAAGUUUGUGCUUCUCCAGCUUCAGCAACAGUCCCGUAAUCAGAUUCUGGUCCUGCCUCUUUGUUCUCAGCAAGGUCAUUGAACUUGGAGACACGGCCUUCAUCAUCCUGCGGAAGCGGCCACUCAUCUUUGUGCACUGGUACCACCACAGCACAGUGCUAGUGUACACAAGCUUUGGAUAUAAGCACAAGGUGGCUGCAGGUGGCUGGUUCAUGACCAUGAACUAUGGUGUGCAUGCCAUCAUGUACUUCUACUACACUCUGAAGGCUGCCAAAGUGAAGUCUCCCAGGUGGUUACCCAUGUUCAUCACCAGUCUGCAAAUCCUGCAGAUGAUUAUAGGAGCCACUGUCAGCAUCCUGAUUUAUAUAUGGAGACAGGAACACGGAUGCCACACCACAACAGAACACAUUUGCUGGUCUUCCAUCUUGUAUAUCACUUAUUUCAUCCUCUUUGCCAACUUCUUCCACCAAAACUACAUAAUGCCCAAGAUCAAGGUCAAGACCAAGAUCCAGUAAAGGGUUGGAGAAAAAGGAGCCCUGGGCUCUCUCCUUCCCAGGGCACUGAGGGACUGAGCUUAGGUUUGGGAAAAUGAUUAGAAUGCCUUCCCUGCAUGGUUUCCCCAUGGGAUGUGUGCCCCAAGGUGGUAGGAAGUUAUGACAAGAAGUGUCACCCUGGCAUGGGGGUAUGAUAAAGUAUUUCGUGUUUCUGCUUUUAAUGUGAAGGCCAAGAGCCUGGGAUGGGGGUGGGACUGAGAAGGGCCCCUAGAGCUGAGUUAUUUGUAUUUCUAUCCAUAAAUCUUCUAACUCUGUUUUUUAAAGAUUUCAACAAGGUUUUGGGGACUUUGGGGACCUGGGGCAAAAGGGGGACCUCUGUGAUUGGAAAGAGCUGCUGGCAGGGGGAUGAUCAGCGGGUGAGAAAGAAGCCUAAGAGGGUGUGUGGGAAGAUGGCAGGCACAUACAUACACACUCAAUAAGAAUCCUAAGCCUAGUAGGCACUUAAUAAAUGUCUGUUACAGACCAGAAUUUUAUUGCUGUUGGAGACCCAAGCCCCUCAUGCGAACACUGAGAAACAGGUGCAGAAAGGCGGGGUAAUUUAUCUAACGUCAUAGGCUUCCUAGGCAGCGGAAUUGACACACCUGCAAGUAAUCGUUCAAGAGCGGACCUUCCAGUUAUCCUCCAAAGUACCACGAGGCGGCGCGGCAGCACCAGCUUUGGUAAACGCUAGCCGAGUAGCUAGUCCCCAAGCUGCACACACAAAUACGCACGCGUGCGCCCCUCUUUUCCAGGAAACCCCCGGCUUCCCCGUCCUGAU